AUGCCUUUUAUCCCCACCCCUCUCGACGGCGGCGUGGUCUACACCAUCCACGCGGACCGGCGUGUCCUCGUCGCCGACUCGCCAGACAGCACCGCCUGGCUGCCGGGCGCUGACGAGGCAUGCAUGCGUGGCGGGGCAGAGCGCUCGUCCGGCUGGCUUCCCAUCGGCGUCAGGCCGGGCGCACCGCCGAAUGCACGGCGGUGCAGCUUCGACGCAGCAACGGCAGAGGCGAUGCUCGAGCGUUUUGCGGCGCAGCACGGUGUCGCCAUGCGAGACGCCUUCGGUGCGACAAGCUGCGAGCACCGGCCGGCGCAUCGGCGCAAGGCGUAUGUGACUUCUCUCUCGCGCGAGCUAGCGCCCGACUCGUUCCACGCGGACUCGGAGGCGCUCGGGCCGCUCGCGGGCCGCCUGCUCGGGCUGCUGCGGCUGCUGCACCUGGCGGGGCUGGCGUCCUCGCGGCGCGAGCUCCUCACGGUGCUCGCCUACCCGCACGAGGCGUGGCCGGAGGCGUGGGGAGGGCACACCGAGUUUGCGGCGAGCGUGGACGGGGAGGAGGUGGCCGGAGGCGUGGACGCCGACGGCGAGGCGCGGCGUGCGGCGCUGCGGCUGGUCCCGUCGCCUGGUCGCACCGUCGUCUUUCACGGCGCGCUGCACCACCGCGCCGCUUGGCCGUCGGCCGACGCGGGCAGCGGGCGGGCGGGGUCGCCCGCCGGGCUGCGCUGGUCUGUGGUCAUGCAGCUCUCGUGCGAGGUGAGCGACGCGCGGCGAGGAGGUGGCGGUGGAGGCACCACCGCCGCGUCCUCCGUGGCGGGCGAGCUCCUCGCGCGCGCCGAGAGGCUCGAGCGCGAGCUCGGCCUGGAGCACGGCUCCUCCUCCGUCGGGGCGGCGGUCGCGCUCACCCUCGUCGAGAUGCUGCUGCCCGCCGUGCUCGGGCUGGCGUGGCUGGGCUGGCGCGCGAGAAGGCCCGUGCCGGCCGCCGUCACCGUGCUCUUCGCCGCCCUCGUACUCGGGCUGCACCUGGAUAGCUUCGCGUGA